ACAAACAUGGCGUCGUUGAUGGACUCUUUCGAGCAGCAAUAUGCUUCGCUGUCAGCUGAUAUUACCUCGAAAACGAGUGGGCUGAUGAAUGUAUCUGGAGUCGAACGAAAGAUGCUCAUUGGCCAAAUAGAGAGACAAUUGGAGGAAGCUCAUGAAUUGCUGGAGCAGAUGGACCUGGAGGUGAAGGGCACUCCCCCUGCACUGCGCCAGAAGUACCGUGUCCGCCUGGACAGCUACGUGGCAGAUCUGGCGCUCAUGGACAGGGAGCUGAGGAACAGAGUUCAGUUCAGAGGAGAGAGUCCCAUGGGCGAAGAACCCUUCGAGCUGGACGAUCAGAAGCAGAGGCUGUUGGAGGACACAGAGAGACUGGAAAUCUCAUCCCGUCGUCUGGACGGGGGAUAUAGGCUGGCCGUGGAAGCAGAACAAAUGGGGGCGCAAAUACUUACGGACUUGAGCUCGCAGAGAGAAACGAUCAAAAAGGCCAAAAGCAGAGUUCAAGAGACCAACUACGACCUGGGAAGAAGCUCCAGAAUCGUCAACGGGAUGAUUCGAGGGCUGAUGCAGCAGAAAGUGGCGCUGUAUGUGGUUGCUGCGGUCAUCCUGGUGACUGUUGCGCUCGCCAUCUUCUUCACAGUCAGGAAACACAGCUGAGACACGUCCCGAGUGUCUGUGCGACAUCACUGCGGAAGGGACUGUUUUCUUCGAGAAGUUGAAUGGCACGAACUGUCGCGAAAGAUCUUCGGAAAAGUUUAUGAAUGCACGCCCGACUUUUGUCUGAGCAGUGCAAAGUUCAGGCGUCCCUCGUAUGACACGGUAAUUGUACAGCACAGUUUCGAUAGGACACAGUACCAAGUUUGGGAUUAUUCGGGGCCCAAUACAGGCUGAUUUUGCUACCGUUUUUCGGUACCUUCACAAAAAUCUUGUUUUGAAAUCGGUACUUUCACAAAAAUCAAGUUAUAAAAUCAGUGGCUUCACAAAAACAUCGAAAAUUUCACAAAAAUUCGCAUUUUAAAAUAUAAAAUUUGUUUCUCUGUUUAAAA